AUGGACGGUGAUCGCUGUGGUCGACGGAGGCCCAAGGGUCUUAUGAUAUUAGCCUCACUGUAUGUGAAAUUCACUAGUGGACACGUUCGGAAAGUAGUCAUCGAAACAUUUAUCAACGAAAUCCGGCAAGGUUCUAAACCCCAAGGUUCCGACCGCAGUAGUGCAUACCACGAGACCAUUUCCUCCGCGAUCGUCUACACCGUCUGA